AAAUCAUUUUAUUAUGUGAUAGAAUAAUGAUGAACUAUGAAAAACUGAAGUCUCGUCUUGGAGAGAUCCAUGACAGCAAGAUACGCCUGGAACAGGAUCUGAAGAAACAAGCGUCAGAUAACCGGGAAAUUGACAAGAAAAUGAACAGCAUUAAGCCUGACCUAAUUCAACUACGUAAAAUCAGGGAUCAGUACUUGGUAUGGCUCAAUCACAAAGGAGUGCGUCAAAAGCGAAUAAAUGAUUGGCUUGGAAUCAAAAAUGAAAAUGCAGAUGACACAUAUUUUAUCACUGAAGAAGAUGAAAACCUUCCUCACUAUGAUGAAAAGACCUGGUUUGUAGGAGCUAUUAAUCGAACACAAGCUGAAGAUUUACUGCGAGGAAAGUCAGAUGGUGCCUUCCUUAUCAGGGAAAGUAGUAAAAAGGGCUGCUAUGCCUGUUCUGUGGUCGCUGAUGGAGAAGUGAAGCACUGCGUCAUUUACAGCACACCAAGGGGUUAUGGAUUUGCCGAACCAUACAACUUGUACAGCACUCUUAAAGACCUGGUGCUGCAUUACCAACAAACUUCACUGGUCCAGCACAAUGACUCUCUGAAUGUGAGACUGGCUUUCCCCGUCUACAGCCAGCUGCCCUCUCUGCGCAGAUGAAUUUUUAAAUUGGCAAUGACAGAUUACAGAACACUGAGGGCAUUGUACUUGGCUGCUUUUGCACAGUGAGUACAGAAUAUGAACAGGACAGGGGCGUACUCAAGAGUUCAGGUGACCUGGUGCUACCUAAACUCCAACUGUGACUUUGUUUUUUGCUUUUAUUUCAGUCACAGAGAAACACAAAGAAACUGGAAAUGUAUCUUUUUCUUUGGUUUUUGUUUUGGUGUCAUUCGUGUGGAACUGAAACUUAAGUCCAAACAGUCUGGUGCUGAUGGCUCUAGGCUACUUAUCAUGAGAGUUUAAAAAUCUCCAACUUUCAGACGCUCUUUUUCAUGGAACAGCCAUUGAGAACUCUUAGUCUUAACUUCAGAUCUCUACAACAUCUAGUGCAACUCUGACAAGAGCACCCAUGUACGGAGAAGUCCUCUUUGCGUUUUUAGUUUAGUCAAUGUAUUCUUCUUGAACUAGACUUGACCAUGUUAUCUGAUUUCUUUCACUUGUCGGAGGACACUGAACUCUGUGUGAAAGAAGACCAAAGGCAUUCAGGAGAGCUUCUGACAAAAAAAAGUUUAAAACUGGCAAAAUUUGAAAACAAAAAGUUGCACAAGGGUCGUUUUCAAUGUACUGGAGUACAAAUUGAAACAAAAGAAAUACAAAUAAAGAACAUUUUAUGGCUUCUGUGACUCUGGAGCUCUUCACAAAACUAAAAUGAAAAGACCAGGGCAUCUUUUAAUGUUGGUUUUAGCAUUUAAAUGUUCAGUCAGAUGUCUGCAGCUGCACAUAUUUACACCAGAAUUUGUGCUUUUAAAAAAAACAUAAAUGCAUAAUGUUAUUAACAUAGAACUGAAAUUUUGCAAUUUUACUCUGACCACUCAUAUUUAACCCAGAAGGUGAGCAUCAAAACAUUGUUGUAAUGGGCAAGUACAUGAAAGCUACUUGGAUUUAGGGUGUGGGGGCAAGAAACAGAAUCUUGUUUUAUUUUCAUUAUUCUGGAUGGCAAAGAAAGAUCUUCUAGCCUAAAGGACUGAUAGUGAAUUGGAUGAGAGAGGAUGAGUUGGUGGGUGCUACCUAUUCCUAUUCCUGUAGAAAACAAAAACCCACUUAUUUAACCUUUCAUAUUUUUCAAAACCAGUCAAUUCGACGUGACUUUUAUUGUGCGUCUGAUUUAUUUUGGAUGUUAUGAUAAUGAUGUUGAAGUUUCUGUGAACAGCUUAAUUUAAAAUAGAGUAAGAAACUUCUUUCAGAAUCCACUGAGCAUGCUCUCUGGUAUGUUAUAUCUUAAGAACACGGCUCAUCCAGGAAAAGAGCCCCAUGAUGCACUGGCCAUUUUUUGUGCAGUUCAAAAAUUUUACAGAUGUUUAUCGAAGAAACAAAAAAAGAUGGCAGCUAAUUUUGCAGUACUAAUCUCACUUAAAUUUGGUUUUUGUUUUAUUUCCAGAUCUGGAGUAAUAGCAUCCAUAAUGUUUGUAAGUGUGCAAAGUGACUGUUAUCUUUUCUUCUGCCAACAGUCUACAAAGCCCAGCACCGUAUAGUUCUGACUUCUAAUGAGCAAAGCAUGGUCCACUCUGUACCUCUCACUUUUUCCCCACUUCCCUUGAAGCAUUGGUCCAUUUUACUAGUAUUUGCCACUGCUCAAAUUUCUCUGGCGUUUUGUUGUUCAAUGUAUGCAAAAAGUAAUGGGCUCUGGGAAAAAUGCAUUUCAUGUGAACAGGAUGUGUUCUGUGUUUCUAAUUCAAUGCCCAGGCAAUUAGAUAUUUACAGAACAUAGUAAGAAGUUAGGAUUUUUUUCGUGCCAUCCAGAUGCAAUUAAUUUUAGAAGUAUGUCACGGUUUUAAUAUUACUGCAGACAUCUGAUGUAAUAUAUGCUAACAUUGAGCUAGACAAAUGCAUCCCUAGGUGAGGGCAGCUGGGGUUGAAUUAAAUGUUGCCGUUGGGCUUUGUGAGGGUCCCUGUUCAAAUGGAGAUCACAAGGAAAAUGGAAACAUUUUUUAAUUCUUAACUGUGCACAAAUUGGUGCUGGUGCUUUUCCACUGCUAUGAAUGGUGCAGCUGUAACCGUGGCCCACUCACUAAAAGCUCUCUUCUCCAUAUUUGAGCAAUCCUAUUUUGUUGUUGAACGUUUUUUUUUGUAGUGGUGAAGUGAAUCAGACCCAGAAUUACUGAAUGGAGUUGAACAAUGUAUGUUUCCUGCGUUCACAGGAAGUGGGUGGUGAGGGAGGGGUGGGUGGGUAGGCAUACUGAAAAAGAUUGAAGUACAAAUAUUGGAAGCACUGGAAAGGAUUCAGAGAAACUUUUGAGUGUUUCUGCUAAUAUUUAAGAAUUCUUUUUAUAAAGGUACUUUAUCAUUCCCCAAGAGACUUGUUUUAUUUAAAUACUAAGGCUGGGUAAUUAGGUCAAACUUUUAUUAAAUGUUUAACAUCCGACAGAGUGCAAAAUGAGCUGUAUUUGGAAUGUUGUAGAAAUAUUGAUUUUUCUUGGCAUUGCUAUGGAUGUCAUCUUGUAGUUUUAUGCCCCUUCUUUCUAAGUUUUCCCCUCUGCCCCCUCUCAGCCGUCAACCCUGCAUCCCACUACCAAUCAACCUUGUGCCAGAUAAAAGAAUUAAUUAUAAUCUGUUUGUGGUUCUAAAUUUUAUCAAGUAGAAAAUACAGCCUGUUGCCAUAUUUACUAGUGAGUGUCAUGCUGCUCUGUUGUGGAAUACACAGCUGCUGAUCCCUGAAUGCAUCGCCUGUCUUCUAUAUUUGAAGCACUUCAUGGCAGUGCAGCACUUCCAUUUGAUGCCUGGGAGGAGUAAGUGAAGUCAAUAAGAAAAGAUGAUCCUUCUCAUUAACCGUACUUGGAGUCUGACAAUUUUGGCGUUACUUUCCACACUGUCCUGCCCUGCAGCUAAUAUUUACCAGGAAGACUUAAAAGAAACGAUGUCACUUAGUUUACCAUGUGGUCAGAAGCCCAAACUCCAGUCCAAUUGAAAUCCAGGUGCCAGGUUGAACAUUUUGAAACUGAGGGCUUUGGAGUUGGGAAUAGCUUUGAGUUUAAAAAUUCAAUUUAAUAGGCUUCUUUUGUGAAGUGAUAAGCUUUUGCAUGCUGACCUGUAUAUACACAAAUUUUAUAUACUGUUUAAUUGGGUUAAAUUGUAAUGUGUUGAAUUGAUUUUUUCUUAAUUAUUCAUAAGGGCAUCGCUGGCGAGGCCAGCAUUUAUUGCCUAUUCCUAAUUGCCCAGAGGGUUAGUUAAGAAUCAGCCACAUUUCUGAGAGUCUGGAGUCGCAUGUUGGCCAGAGCAGGUAAGGAAGGCAGUUUCCUUCCCUAAAGGACAUUAGUGAAACAGAUGCGUUUUUCCAACAAUUGGCAAUUGAUUCAUGGUCAUUAUUUAAAGCCUGAUGCUUCAGAUCAAUUUUUUUCUUAUUAUUUAACUAAAUUUAAUUUGUACAUGUCGCCAGCAAUUAAAGUUUGUUAUAAUCUUGGGUGAAGUGCCGAAGUAUCUCAGACUGUCCAAUCUAUAUCUUUGGAGUUGGUGAAUACUUUUUAAAAUCCUGUCUGCCCUUUCCUCGUUAUCUCCCAUAACCUCUCAGUGAAAGGGCAGGUCAGUUUCUUUAACGAUUUUGUGGCUGUAGUUUAGCUGUUGGUGAAGUGGCAGGAGAAGGAGUGAGUGUGGAAUCGGAUACUUGUCAGCACACCAUCUCCUAGGCGGAAGUGAGGACUGCAGAUGCUGGAGAUUAGAGUCAAGAUUAGAGUGGUGCUGGAAAAGCACAGCAGGUCAGGCAGCAUCCAAAGAGCAGGAAAAUCGCAUUUCGGACAGGAGACGUUCAUCAGGUUUCCUGGAGAAUCCUUGAAUCUAUUUAUAAAUGAAGUUUAUAAUUGAUUACCUUUUUUUAAAGAGCUGGAAUAUCCCAGUGAUUCAUUUCUGGCUUGGAUUCAUAUUCAAGUGUUAUGAAAUUUCUCCAGUGUUAAUCUGAGUGGGAUUGAGUGUGAAAAUAGAGCUGUAAAGUAAUAUCAGGCUCUUUCUUUUGAAUUAUUAUUUUACUUAAAACAUUAAGGAGAUUUGUCACUGCAACAGACAUGGUUUAUGAAGUGCAUUCAGUUCCUUGACACAUUUGUAUACCUGUGUGUAAUUGAAAUUGCCUUGUGUUUAGUUUUUCCAGAACUGUUGGGAAAUAUUCAGUUCGUGGUGGUAUUUGAAGAUAUGAUCGAAAAAAAAAACAUGUCCAUUCAUCCACAGAUUGGGCUUCUCAACUUUGUUUUAAAAAAUGUUUUUUUUUGAAGGGAAUUUUUCAGAACUAAUACCAUAUGCUGAAUAAUACAAUGCAUCUUUAGUUAAAAACCAAAAGGGAAGAAACUAAGGGGAGCAAUAGGUUAUAUAGCAAUAUUUCAUACUUCCCCUUUUGGAGUCUUGGUUUGGAAAUGGUGUUAUUGUUCAAUAAGCGUUCUCCUGAGCGUAAAUGGCCCUCAGGAAAAUGUUGUUUAAUGAUUAGUACUUGAAGAUCAGAGGACUACAAUAUAAAAAUGACUGUUAACUGACACUAAAUUGAUUAUUAGCUUGGGUCUUGAAGAUAGUUGUGGUAACUGGGAAAUUAAAAUUUCAAACAUAAUGUAGGAAGUUGAUGACAAAUAUGAGGGCAGAACAAUGAAGCUCUUCUUCAGGUGCCCUUUUACAUCUGAGUUAGGACUGCUUGUCACUGACAGGAACAGCAAUGGGAAGUGGUCUUCAUUCUCUGUUAGUAUUUGUCCUCUUGAUGAGCACUAAAGCAUAAUUGUAAAAAAAAAUACAAGCAAACCUAUGUCACAGGUGGAGUUUUUAAAAUAUUGCCAUGUAUGACUAUUAUUCCCCUGUCAAGAUUGCUUGUUUGUCUCAUUCAAUCAGUUGCUCAUGUGUAUAAUACAAAGCAUAUUGCAAGGCCUGAUAAAGUAAGGGAUCUGAAACGGCAUGGAAGAUAUCAGUUUGAGGCGGUACGUAAUCUUUAACUAAUUGAGAAAAGUGAUGCUGUAAUAUCUAAUCUACUAAACAAUCUUGUAAAUUAAUUGAAAAUGAAAAAUUCUACCUGGUCAGCAGCUGUUUUUUCACUUUCACACUGAUGACACAGUGAGUACAUCAAGCUUCCCAAAUUGAUUUGAAAUUUGAAGUUUUUCUAAAUUGGAAUAGUGUCUCUGAAUUUCAUUCACUCCAGCCUUUCAAGGUUGAUAAUUCAGUAUUGAAUGUAAAGGUACUGUUAAAUUCAGCGUUCAGGUCCCAUUCCAAAAUUGCACUUUCAGUUGUUAUACUCUGAGCCCUGGUUCCAGAUUUGUUUUUAAGUUUACAUAAUUUGCUGAAUCAUUAUGUAACUAGUAGUACAUUUGUUUUUCUAGCAUUUGUGGAGAAAACACAUUAUCCAUAAGCUGAUGACAAAUAAUUCCCAGCCUUAGUAGAAAUUCUUUAUUAUUAUUAUUGAGCAACGCAAAUGUUCCAAUACCACAAUCUGCAAUUGUUAACUUACUGUCCCAGACUUUUUAAAAUGCUUUUAGUCAGUAUUCUAUUUGCACCUCCUUAUUUUAAGAAAACUGGGUGCAAAGUGUGCUUUCAAGUUCUUUUUAUGAAUGCUUUUUUUUACAAUGAGAAGUUCUAUCCUGAUGAUACUUGCUUUAUUUGAAUGAUUAUAUUCUUUGAUUGUUUUAAUUUUUUAUUAUAAAUUGGAUGGAUUUGGUUCUCUGCAGGACAGAAGGUUUUACACGAUUUGUUCCGGACAGUGGGGUCAAAAAUCAUUUCUGCACAUUCUCCCUUUUUCCUUCUGUUUUGCUCUGUAGCUCUCACAUUGUCUCUGUCAUCCCUCAUGUUGUAGCUCACUCUUGCCUCUUACUCUGUGGGGCUCUCUCUCUAUCUCCCACAACCCUCACCUCUUCCCUCCUUCCCCACAACCUGCUUGCUAUGUCUGUCUUGCUUGCCCUGUCUUUUGCUCUUCUCUUUCAAACAAAAAAUUUAAAAUUCAUGCACUUUUCAAAGACAAAAACCCAGCAUGUAACUUAAGUAUGUUGACUGUUGUAUCUGUGUAAUUCAGCUUUGUUCAGUCUGUAAAUCGUGUAGUUUAAUAUGAACUUAUGUAGCUUACAAGAAAAGGUCACAUCGUGCUUUGCAGUCAAUAGAGUAGCAUCUGCUCCCAGUCCUGGUAUAUUAUACUUUACAGAUAACUGUAUACUGCACCAGGUUGUAUCAGUUGUACAAUCUCUGUUCCUAGUCUGCAGCUGAGUCUUUUGUGACACCAGUAACUGGCCACAGCAUGUAUGGGAUUUUCUGCAUUAUAAGCAUUAAUUCUGUGUUUCACUCUCCACACAGUAACAGCUACUGUGUUCAGAACUUUUGUGAUUUUUUUCCUUUUUGUCAAGUUGCCAUAACUUCAUAUUCAUCUAUCUUGCAGAAUAAAAAUGUAUUUUGUUCAGAA